AUGUCUACUGACUCCGACUUUGUUCUUUACCAUUAUACGCCCAGCAAAAGAGCUGCGAUUGUGUUUGUCGUGCUCUUUAUUUUAAUGAUAGUUGUUUAUGCUGUGCAAACUUUUAAUGCUGCGAGAAAGGCUUCCAAAAUAGCUAGAUAUAACUCAUUUGAGCCAUCGGAUGAUAAGAUAGAUGAUAAAACAGAUGACAAGACAGAUGAUAAGUCUGUUAUUUUUGAAAAUAAUGAUUCCAAAAAAAAAUUCAAAGUUUUGUCGACAGUUUGUGCAUUUAUACCUUUUUUCAUUGGUUUCAUCAUGGAGUUUAUUGGGUAUAUUGGCAGAGUAUUAUCUAGUUCCGAUCCUACAAAAAUAGCGCCAUAUAUUAUUCAAUCCCUCCUUUUAUUGGUGGCUCCAGCGCUAAUCGCUGCGACUAUUUAUAUGGUUUUUGGAAGACUCUUGAAUGCUAUGAGAUGCGAGUCUUUGAUGCUAAUCUCCGCACGUUUCGGUACGACAUUUUUUGUCGUUGGUGAUGUUUUUAGUUUCUUUUUACAAGCAGCAGGCGGUGGGCUGAUGUCUAAGAAAGGAUCGACAAAGACCGGUUCAAACCUCAUAACCGCUGGCCUUAUUGUACAGAUAGUUUUUUUUGGAUUUUUCAUUAUUAAUGAGAUAAGAUUUUCAAUUAGCGUCAAAAAAAAAUGUUCGUUCUACAGUGGCAUUUCCAGAAAAUGGUUCAUUGUAAAUGCUACCCUAUUAUUGAGCAGUGUCUUGAUUUUAGUACGUUCUAUCGUCAGAGUUGUUGAAUUUAUUCAGGGAUUUGAUGGUUUUAUUAUUUCCCACGAGUAUUUCAUUUAUGUCUUCGACGCUGUGCCAAUGUUGUUGGUGAUCAUAGCAUUUAGUGUGGGUUCCUUCUUUGGCAAUGUAUUUGAUGUGAUAGCAGAAUGUCAAUAUUCAACUUUUUCAGAUUCUGCAUAG